AUCGGUCACACCCAUAUUUACAUGGUCCACUGGCACUGGAUAGGCCUACAUCCUUGCUGGUGAAACAGUAAAAGGCACAGAUUCUACUGGCUUUGGGAUACAGUCCUGCAUUACUUCAAACACUCAAAGUUUGAUUUAAUAGAAUUGCAAACUUUGGGAGGAACAAUGCGUUUUUUCACAAAAAUCCGUCCUUCCAUCACUCUGCCACUUUUUGGAAUCGUACUUUUGGGAGUCCUGGUUUUAACAUAUUGUUACUCAUCAUUUGGUGAGGUGAAAAAUAAGGAUGUCAGAAUUCUAGAAGUUUUGGGGUUGUGUCAGCAGGACCCUGUCAAUUUCAGGCGGGAAAACUGUAGUUGUAGGACCCGGGACAUGCUGUCCCCACAGGGACUCCUGUAUAAGCAGCCCAGUGUGUUAAAGGGGCGCACCAAUGUGGUAACUGUUACCCCUUGGUUGGCACCAAUUGUCUGGGAAGGCACCUUUAAUCCCUUGAUUGUUGACAGCAUUUACAAGCCUAUGCACCUCAGCAUUGCCACAACUGUCUUUGCGGUUGGCAAGUAUGUGCGCUUCCUGCGUGACUUCCUAGAGACUGCCGAGAAGCAUUUCAUGGUGGAUUUCAAAGUGCACUACUACAUCUUCACUGACCGGAGGGAAGAUGUGCCAGCGGUGGUCCUCGCUCCCGGUAGAAAUGUAACCAUCAUCCCAGUCCCUGGCUCCAACCGCUGGCAGGAGAUCUCCUCCAGGAGGAUGGAGAUGAUCCAGACCGCCAUCGAGAACCAGAUAGGCAAGGAGGCGGACUACAUCUUUUGCUUGGAUGUGGACACGAAGUUCCACGGACGGUGGGGGGCAGAAACAUUGAGCAGGCUGGUGGCCACUAUUCACCCAGGUUACUAUGAGCAGACCCACGAGCACUACCCUUACGAACGCCGUCCUGCCUCACGGGCCUACAUCCCCGCGGGGGAAGGAGACUACUACUAUGGAGGCGCCACCAUCGCUGGCUAUGUGAGGGACGUGCACAAGCUGACAAAGUACUGCCGCGAGCAGCUGGAGGCCGAUGCCGCCAACUCCAUCGAGGCGGCAUGGCAGGAGGAAAGCCACCUGAACAGAUAUCUCCUUUACAACAAGCCCACUAAGAUUCUGUCUCCGGAAUACCUGUGGCAGGACUUCAAGGCCAAGAACAACGAGGUGCAAAUAAUCCGCUUCUCUCAGGUCAACAAGAACUAUGCAGAGGUUCGGCCCAACGUGAAGAAAAGAAAGUAAUGCUGUGGCCACUGUCGCACCAAGAUUCAGGAUCUAGGCCAGGGAGGAGGAUACUGCUAUUUGUAUACAUUGAAGGUGGCUGGAUCAGUAAACAAGCUUAUGUUGUUCCGCUUUUCUCUCAAUUAGUUUAUAUCCUUUACCGCUAAAGAUGUAUUAUAGACAUGAAGGGCUGUUUCCAUGUAGAAAUGUUUGUCAAAGGAGCAGAAGUGUGGAUAGAGGGUGAGUUUGUGAAAUGAAUGUGCAAUUAAUACUGAUAAUACAUAAUAUUUGUGA